AUGGGAGACCCCAGCUUGCCCUGCCCCUCUCUCAGCCUAUGCCUUUCCCCCGCAGGGACCCGCAGUGCCGGUUAUGCUGGGGGCUCAGAUCACUGCAGACAAUUGAACAAUCAGAGCAGCGCCAUGGGGGAUUUACCGGAGAAUGAAGAUCAGCUGGGGAAGAUUCUAGAGGAGGAGGAAUAUGAAGACCACGACUUGGUCAGUGUCCAGGUGGAGACAGCAGAAGCUCAGCUCGCCGGGCCGACAGACACAGACUACCAUACCGCGUCGCGCCCCCCAGACACCCCCGAGGUCCGCGUGGAGCUGCGGGAACUGGUGAUGGAUGAAAAAAACCAGGAGCUACAGUGGGCGGAGACAGCACGCUGGGUGCGGCUGGAGGAGAACCUGGGGAAGGACGGGAUCUGGGGCCGCCCACACCUGUCCUACCUCACCUUCUGGAGCCUCUUGGAGCUGCAGAAAGCCUUCGCCAAGGGUACUGUCCUCCUGGACCUGCCAGAGAAAUCCCUGGCCGGGGUCGCCAGCCAGCUGCUGGACAGGUUUAUCUUCGAGGGGCAGAUCCAGCCUCAGGACCGGGAAAAUCUGUUACGGGUCCUGCUGCUCAAACACAGCCACGCCAGAGACAUGGAGGCCCUGGGCAGUGUGAAGCCUGCGGUCCUGACACGUUCUGGGGACCCUUCGGAGCCUCUGCUCCCACAGCAUCCCUCGCUGGAGAGAAAGCUCUUCUGUGAACAGGGAGAGGGGAACGCGGAAGGGCACUUAUCUUCUGGAAUUCUGGGGGAGAGUGACCAGAAUUGGGAGGCCACCCUGGUGCUCGUGGGCUCUGCCAGCUUCCUGGAGCGGCCGGUGCUGGGCUUCGUGCGACUAAAGGAGCCUAUGGACACGGAGCAGAAGCCAGAGGGGUCGGAGGAGCCAGCAGUGCCUGUGCGCUUCCUCAUUGUGUUGCUGGGACCCGAGGCCCGCAACAUCGACUAUGCCCAGCUGGGCCGGGCUGCUGCCACCCUCAUGCUGGAGAGGGUGUUCCGCAUUGAUGCAUACUUGGCUCAGAACAAGGAGAUGCUGGUCAAGUCCCUGGAGGGCUUCCUAGACUGCAGUCUGGUGUUGCCUCCCACAGACGUCCCCUCUGAGAAGGCCCUGCUCGGUCUGGUGCCCGUGCAGAAGGAGCUACUGAAAAGGCGCUAUCUGCCCAGCUCUGCCAAGCCAGACCCCAGCUUCCUCAAGGGCCUAGAUUUGAAUGGGGGUCUAGAGGACACCCCGGUUGACCCUCUGCAGCGGACAGGCAGUCUCUUCGGGGGACUGGUGCGUGACAUCCGGCGCCGCUACCCCCGCUACCUGAGUGACAUCACAGAUGCACUGAGCCCCCAGGUCCUUUCUGCCAUCAUCUUCAUCUACUUUGCCGCCCUGUCACCCGCCAUCACCUUUGGUGGCCUCCUGGGAGAAAAGACCAAUAACAUGAUGGGAGUGUCAGAACUGCUCAUCUCCACCGCGGCGCAGGGCAUCAUCUUCUGCUUGCUGGGGGCUCAGCCCCUGCUCGUGGUGGGCUUCUCAGGACCCCUGCUCGUGUUUGAGGAAGCCUUCUUCUCGUUCUGCGAGAGUAACAGCCUGGAGUACAUCGUGGGCCGUGUGUGGAUUGGCUUCUGGCUCAUUCUGCUGGUGGUGCUGGUGGUGGCCUUCGAGGGCAGCUUCCUGGUCCGCUUCAUCUCCCGCUACACCCAGGAGAUCUUCUCCUUCCUCAUCUCCCUCAUCUUCAUCUAUGAGACCUUCUCCAAGCUGGUCACGAUCUUCCAAGAACACCCACUGAUGAAUAACUAUGACCACAACGUGACGAGAAUACCCAAACCUCAGGCCCCGCUGCCCAACACAGCCCUCCUCUCUCUUGUGCUCAUGGCCGGCACCUUCUUCAUUGCCAUGGUGCUGCGCAAGUUCAAGAACAGCUCCUUCUUUCCUGGCAAGCUGCGACGGGUCAUCGGGGACUUUGGGGUUCCCAUUGCUAUCCUGAUCAUGGUCAUUGUGGAUGCCUUCAUCCGGGACACCUACACCCAGAAACUCAGUGUACCUAAAGGCAUCACCGUAUCCAACCCCUCGGAGCGAGACUGGCUCAUCCACCCACUGGGCUUGUCCCAGCCAUUUCCCACCUGGAUGAUGUUUGCCUCCGUCCUGCCUGCCAUGCUCGUCUUCAUCCUCAUCUUCCUUGAGACCCAGAUCACCACGCUGAUCAUCAGCAAACCGGAGCGCAAGAUGGUCAAGGGCUCUGGCUUCCACCUGGACCUGCUGCUGAUCAUGGGCAUGGGCGGGGUGGCCGCGAUCUUUGGGAUGCCCUGGCUCAGUGCCACCACCGUGCGUUCUGUCACCCAUGCCAAUGCCCUCACUGUCAUGAGCAAGGCCAGCACCCCAGGGGCUGCAGCCCAGGUUCAGGGAGUCAAGGAACAACGGAUCAGCGGGCUCCUGGUUGCUGUGCUCGUGGGCCUGUCCAUCCUUAUGGGGCCCAUCUUGUCCUACAUCCCCCUGGCUGUGCUGUUUGGCAUCUUCCUCUACAUGGGGGUCACAUCCCUCAGUGGCAUCCAGCUUUUUGACCGCAUCUUGCUUCUGUUCAAGCCGCGCAAAUACUAUCCAGACGUGCCCUACGCCAUGCGGGUGAGAACCUGGCGCAUGCACUUGUUCACCGCCACGCAGAUCGUCUGCCUGGUGGUGCUGUGGACGGUAAGAAGCAUCACAAUCAUCUCGCUGGCCCUGCCCUUCAUCCUCAUCCUCACGGUGCCCCUACGCCGCUUCCUGCUGCCGCUCAUCUUCCAGAACCUGGAGCUCCAGUGUCUGGAUGCUGACGAUGCCAAGCCGAGCCUUGAUGAGGAGGAUGGUCAGGAUGAAUAUGACGAGGUGGCCAUGCCUGUGUGA